AGAACUAGUACAUACGUAGAAUUUCCCUACCUACCUAGGUACCUAGUCAAACUUGGUGAUAUCGCUCCGCGACGGAGUGGAUACCUAGGUAUGGCUCCCCUGAACUCCCAUCUCGCCUACAAGCAGGACACGAGCCGACUCAUAUAUUGGAUCGUUAAAUCCUCACCUUCAUCUGACCUCCCUGAAGAUGCCCCGAAAACUCUAAACACCAAUGGGCAGGUCACCAUAUCAGACCUUUUAGCCCUAUCAAAGCUCAUUGCAACGCGCAUCAGCUAUGUCCCUUCCGCCAUCCUCGGCUUAUUCGAUACCGUUAUACAAGCACGGACAGCCACCUACCAGGCUUUUCAAGAACUUGUUGCUUAUAGACCCGACCCUGAUAUUGAGCGAAGUAAUGCCUCUCACAAAUACUUUAUUGACGCCCUUGUCGAGGCAUUUGAAGCACUAGGAGGGCCUGCAUGGGCCGAUAAAAGGAAUUCGAAAUCGGCAGACACUAACACAGACGAUCAGGCUGAUCUCGAACAAGUCCUCUUUGCUAACACAUUUUCCGCACUCAAACUCGACGGAGAUGCGGCGUUAGGCGAGGAGGAUGAAGGGGAAAGCGACGAUGGAUCCGACAUAGAGUCCCAACAGAACCAAGCUUAUCGGAGAUAUCAGCAUAAAAGAUCAAGAGGCAAAAGCAAGAAGCAGAAAUAUAAGAAGGGUGCUAAGAAGAAGGCGAAACAACAGCGGCCUACCGACGAGGAGCCCACCCUUGAUGACGUCCCUGUGGAGAGCUACCGGAUCAUCGAUGAUCAAGAAGGGAUCGUCACCGAAUAUUCGAUGACCGUCCUUUCCCCCAUUAAGGAAUGGGCCGAGCUACGUGGCUAUCUGCAGGCGACAUGGCGAGAGGUGAUAUAUGAUGGGCUCAACGGCGCCGCUGCCGGCGCACUAUCCAACGUUGCCAUCAAAAUGGUUGAGCGCUCAGUCGCCGAAAUCUUUAUUUGCUUCCCCGGACACGACUCGUACGAGACAGUCAUGAAUACCAUCACCCGCGGAGAUAUAGAAUUGUCACAAGGUCUAAUCAGAAUGCGUUUUGAGGUAGAUCCGGACCAGAAUGACGGUAGCAAAAUUGGGGAAGCCCCAAUUGACAUCAAAGAGCAGUUAUUAAUCUACGCGUAUAAUGACCUCGUCGACUUUAUCAUCGACUUCCAAAAGAAUAGAAGCGGGAAACCAACAAAGCGCAUGCUCAAAGAACUUGGCAAUUGGGAUCCCGAAUUUGACCUCUGCCGCGCAAGCGAGCUAGAGAGGCUGAAAUGGCGCCGGUGCUAUACUAUCAAUUGGCUGUAUGAUCUUGUCAAUGUUUUUUCAAGCAUUGUCGUGCAGCGUAACGCCACGCAAAAAGAACACCAUAAACUGGAAUCGGUGGACUGAUCUACCUCCGGUCCUUGGGAUAGACAUCGACGGCUUUACGGGUUGAAAGAAUUCGCCGGAUUUGUCACCAAUCUUGCCAUGCAGAAACCAGAAUCGGAUAUCCGCCAAAAGAUUCUUCCUCACCACGUUUUUCAGUUACAGUGCAUGGCUGACGCGAUGACGGUUUCCCGCGGAUGGUCUGUUGGCACCCUUGGUCACCUCGUC